AUGUACGCAAAAGCGACAUAACAACAUACCAAACGAAAACACAGUAGCCCAUCGAAGUCUUCGUCGUAGUCGCUGACAUUAGACUGCGACUAUCGCAAAAUCGCGUUUCGCAAUUUCAUAGUUUUUGCGUGGAAAAGUUGCAACUGCACGUGCAGUUCGGGCGAAGGGACGGAAGACAGAGAGAGAGGACUAACCCAGAGCUCUCUCCAUUCGAUUACGUGCGGCGAGGUGUGCAAGGUAUCAAAGCAGUCGCUGAGCUCAGGUAUCUGCUGACUCAGUUCGUGAUCAAGGGUUGCUUCGUUCUAGCUGCUACUGGAUGGCUCUGUUGGUGCUGUGAUAUCGAUUGCUGUUACGUCAGUUUAUCAAAUCGUACUCGUUCUGUGAUAGCAAGUUCAUGGCCAUCCGUACUAUAGUCCUGCUAUGAACCUGCUGUAUAGACCGUCAUCGAUUCUGGGGUUGCUUUGCUUUCAGGUUUGCUCACUCGAGGCAACGACAGAAUCGGCACAGCACUUUGUACAGUUCCAGCUGCGAGUGUUCGCGUCUUGGCUAGGUGUAACUGGCAUCGAACCCGUUCAAGUACUUAUCCAAAAGGUGCAACCUCGGAGCAUCUGCCUAUCAGUUCAGCGACAGCUUCCGCGCCCGAAGCACGUUUCGCCACCGGUAACACUUGCUCGUUAUCAUCCGUCGCUAGGUCAAUCUCAACGAUGGUAGAUCCCGCCGCGCUCGGUUUAACUGAGGAGGACGUCGAGCUGAUUGUGAAGCGCUAUCUCCAGGAGAAACGUGACCGAUACAACGCAAAAUUCCGUGUGCUGUCGUAUCAUGUGAAGCGAUUAAGCGAAGAACCGAUUGGCUAUCUCGGUGACCAUUACUUCCUCAAUGUGGUGUUGCGAGAGAAAAUGGUCCAUUAUUCGGCGGAAGAGGAAGAAUACGCGGAGGAAGAAUAUCUCAGUUUCUUUUUGAAAAUUCUACCGGAACAAGUGCCCAAAUUAGCGGACUACGUGCGGGAAAUGGGUUGUUUCAGGAAAGAAAUUCAACUUUAUACCCAUCUAAUUCCGAGACUACAGGACGUUACGAUAGGGACGAAACCCUUCGCGCCGAGAGCCUAUCUCACAAAAGACGAAAAGUUACUCGUCUUUGAGAACCUCAAAGCCGAAGGCUAUCGAAUGCUAGAGAACAAUAAGAGUUUGUUAGAUUUUGCCCAUUUGGAAGUGGCGCUGAAAACUGUGGCCAAGUUGCAUGCUGCUUCUCUGGUGCUGGAAGAACGAACCAAACAGUCCAUCAUGAAGCUCUAUUCGGGACAUUUGAACGAAAAUGUGUACAUCGAUGACGAUACGUACGUCCGCAAGACAAAUCUGGACAAUGCAAUCAAAGCUCUGUGCGAGCUUAUAAAGCGCAUCGACAAAUACAGAAACUCUGAUAAGCUAGACUUCAUCCUGGCGAAGUUUCCAGAGGUAAUUAGGAGAAUUUACGACUUUGCCCGACCGUCGACAGAGUACCGGAACGUCUUCAACCACGGUGAUUUGUGGAACAAUAAUCUGAUGUUCAAGUAUGACGAGCCGGAAACAUCCGCUCCAAACAGUGAUCCAGGCGCCUGCUCGGGUGAGGGUGGUGCUGCCGGGCACCAGCAAGAGCACCAGCCACAAGGCGCGGACCAAUCGCCACCAUCAUGCUCGAUUCAUGCAAACGGUGAGAAGCGUCGUCGUAAGCGUUCCGACAUCGUUCGGCCAAAUCCGUUCAACUUUGAGAACACGCCCUUCACCGAGGACCGUGAGCCGUGGAGCUGCGUCCGAGACUGCGUCAUGAUUGAUUUCCAAAUUGCCAGGUACUCCCCGCCGGCGUACGACGUGAUGUCCCUGUUGAACACCACCACGACUCGGCCCUUCAGGACCGUCUAUCUGGACCGGUUGGCAAAAUUGUACUACGAGUUUCUGCGCGGUGAAUUGGAGUGGUUCCAAAUCGACGUGGACGAGGUUUUCCCCGGGGACCACUUCCGGGACUCGUGCGAGGAGUACAAACUGGCCGGCCUGAUUGAUAGUAUACUGUUUCGGCAUCUGACGCUACUUCCGGUCGAUCUGGUCGCGAGUUGCAAGGAGUGUCCCGUUCCGGUUUCGUUCGAAAAUUUGAUGGAGAAUUCGAUCUCCGAUUUGGGCAUCAAGGCGUGGGACACUUGCGAAAACUAUAGGUUCAUGAUGACCGACCUGUUGUCGGAUUUGAUUGAUUCGUAUAUUUUGAAAAAAUAACCUUGAUGUCAGCGGUAGAAUUAUCAUGUUCUAAUUUAUUUAUUUUUCAUUUAAAUUUAAUAAGAAAUUACUUAUAUGUUUCGUUAAUAAUGUUAAAAGUAGAAUCCACUACAACAUGUGCACCAGUAUUUUCUCAAACUGUUAUUUCCGUACGACAUUUUUUAAAUUGUUAAGGUAUAUUCAAUAAAAUAUUGAAGUAAAAA